CAAAUACUGAUGACCAGAGUGCUCUGAAAAUUAUGAAAAGAAAACAUUAACAGGUUCAGUGAAAGCAGGCUCAUGAACAUCAUGCAAUAUUAAUUCUUUACCUGCAUCAUCUGUUCAUCAUUUCACUGGCAGCUGAAAAACUGGUCUUCUGCUUCAAAGGAAAAAUAAACUUCUAGAAGAUGAAGUUUCUUCUUCUCGCUGCCCUAGCAUGCUUGGUGACUGCCUCUGAAGAACCUUUACAGUUUUCAGGGAAUUUUAAUACCAUCUAUAUAGCAUCCAAAAAUGUAAGGGUGACAGAAGAAAAUAGUCAAGUGAGAAUGUUGAUGCGUGAAGUGAAGUUUUUUAAGAAUUACACACUCAUGAGCAUGACGUUCUAUGUUAGGACACACGGGAAGUGCCAACUACACACACUUUGGGCAGAUAAAUCUCCAUAUAAUUUCUGCCUUUUCACUUCAAUUUUCAAUCUUGUAAAAUGCUACAGAAAUAGUCCUAGGGGAUAUAUUGUCGGAACCUGGGUGGUGCGUGAUGCUAUUCUUCAUUUCCCAGAAAUCUACACUUACCCUCCACCAGAUGGGGGCAGAUCUAGACAACCAAGUAAAUUUUAUAUUAUAUUGAAGUUUGUCUCAAAUACCACCAUCCUAAUGGAAGCCAAUUUUUGGAAUAAUUUGGGGAACAUUCAGACUCUGACUGCAGCACUGGCAAAGGGAACUAAUAUCACUGAAGAAAUGUGGAAAGACUAUGUGAAGCUGACACACAACAAAAUAAUCCCUAUUGAAAAUAUUAAAAAUGUCUAUGAAGCAGAUACCUGCCGUAAACUGGAGUAGUGAUCACAACAGUAUAAACAUGGUAUUAGUCAGUAUGCGUGACUCAUUGGAGUUAAAUUUUGAGAUCAAUUUAAUCAUUCAAAUGCAAAGUAUUUGUAACAGUCCCUAAGGAAAUUCUGUACAAUCUCCUAUUAUCAAAAACCAUUAGUGGCUUCAUGUAUGAUUAUGCGCCUUGAUUGCACACAUUAUAAAAUUGUUUUCAAUAAAGUAAAUGUUCUGCAUCAUA